GAAAAAGAAAGAAAGAAUUGAAAGCAGAGAAAACAACAAAAAUGACAUUUAUAAUGAAAAAGAAAAAGAAUAAAUUCCUGGUAACCAUUACAGUUGAACAAUUAAAUUCUGUACCAUUCAUGAAUUCUGUAUUGUUUGUAAAAUGUCGCCUAUUGGAUGGUGGUUCAUUUGUUGAUUAUACUGAUCGCCGUGAAGUAGAUGAUCAUUGUGUUAAAUGGAAUAAAACGUUUAAUUUUCAAGUGAAAAUGUCCGCCAAUGCUUCUACUGGUCUUUUGGAUACAUGUACAUUACGUUUAUCUAUACGUAAGGAAACAAAAGGAGGCAAAGCAUAUGUAAAAUUAGGCUAUGCUGAUCUCAAUUUGGCCAGUUUUCCUGGCCAUGGACCUACCGAUUGCCGUUGUUUAUUAGAAGGUUAUGAAUCCAGACAUCAACAUCGACAAGAUAAUUCAAUGUUACAUCUUAAUGUUGAUAUGAAAUUAUUAGCCGGUGAUCCAUGUUUUAAGACGCCAAGAUUUACUUGUCUCACACAGCAUUCAAAACAAGGUUCCAGUGAUAUAUUAGCAGCAACCGAUCUAUUACAGCCACCAAAACAAGAUGGUCAUUUUCUUUGUCCAUUAACAUUGUUAAAAUAUAAAACUAACAAUAAUUUUGUUUUUUCUAUAACAGAUUUUUUCGAUGAAAAUGAAACAGGUGUUUCAUCAGCUACCGCUACUGUUACUGUUAAUGAUUCGCCAACAAAUUCAGCCAAUCAUAUCAUUACCGGUCUAGUAUCGCCAGAUGAUUCAUUGAACACAAAUCCAUCAACGAUAAUACAACCACAAUCACAUCAUCAUCUUCAUCAUCAUACAUCACAAACAUUAAGCUAUCAUCAUUCCAAUCGAAAUACGCCCACAUUGGAACAUAAAAAAUGUCAAACAUUAGCAUAUGCCAAUAAUAAUCAUAUAACUAACCUAAAUAGUGAGAAUGGUGUUGUUGUUAGUGGUGGUGGUUGUCAAAAUGGUGAUCGUAAUAGUCAUAUUUUCACUAGCCAUGAUCUUACAUCAUCAAUUACAUCAAAUAAUACAACUAAUUCUUGUUCAGCUUCCAGUUCCAACAACAACAACAAUAACAACAACAAUAGUUUUGAUCCAUUUGAACCACAACAUUCACGUUCGAAUUCAAGUCAAACAAGUUCAUCACGUAUAUCGGCAACUACUGGUUUUAAUUCAUUACCCACGCAUUCACGGCAAGGUUCAGCCGAUUCUGAACAGAAUACGAAUACAAACAGGUAUACGAAUGAAAUAAAAUUCAAUAGUGUCGAUCGUGUAGUCAAUAAUAAACGUAGUCAUCAUCAUCAUUAUGAACGUAUGAAACCAACCGCAAUGAUGAAUGGAUUAGGAAUGACGUUGGAUUCAACAUCAAUUUCAACAACUGAAUCUUCUAGUUAUCGAUCUGGACCGAAAAAAGCAAUAGAUUCUACACGAGUACCGGCCGAUCAAUUUGUUACAGAAUUAUUGAAAAAUAAUAUUGAUGAAACAAUAUUAAUGAAUAAUGAACCAAUGGAAAUGUUUCCCGAUGAUGGUAAUGGUGGUGGCCUAGAUAUUCAAGUUGGACCAGACGGUUCAGCAACCAUUAUUAGUAAAACAACAAGAAAUAGGUCUACUAACAAUAAUGAUAAUCACCACCAUCAUCAUCAUCAUCAUCAUAAUCGUGAUAAAUCAAAAUUAUUAUCAUCAUCAAAUGGUCGAACAAAAAAUACAAAUGGCAAUGCAAGUAAUAGUAAUAGCAGCAGUAAUAGUAGUAAUAAUAGUAGCCCUAAGCAUCUUUUGGCUGCAACAUCGGUAGCGCCUGGUACAAUGGCUCAAACAUAAUCAUCUCGUUGAUUUGUGGUGGAUCCAUGGCUGCUUAUCAUUGUAAAACACACACACACAAACACUCACAUCUUCACUUGUUCUUCAUCAUCAACAUCAUCAUCAUCGUUAUCAUUAUCGAUCUCAACUAUCUAUUGGACCUCUAUCGAUUAAAACAACAACAGAAAAGUAAUAAAAAAUUUAAUUUAAUUACCAACAAUUGGUAUGAUAGUCACACACCGCCGCCUACUACUACAAUGACAAGAUUUUACCAUACACAAAAAUUUGUUUUAUCUCUUGGCCCUCAAAUCCAUCUUUUUAUCAUCUUUAUGCUUAUAAUAAUUAUCAUCCAAAUCAUUUUUUUUUUGGACUGCUCAUCUCUAAUGAUUCGAUUGUUGAAUUAAUAGAAUCAUUGAUCAUGAAUACUCUAUAUAUUUUCUUAAAUAUGACAGUGAAACAAAACAAAACAAAAAAUGUUUAUGGAAAUAAUAAUUUAAAUGGAUAUCUAUAAAAUCUGUAUCUUUUUUAAAAAAGAAAGAAAAGUCAUGUUGUAUGUUUUAUGUUUUUUCUCCUUGAUAUGUAUGUAUUCUUUCAUCUCUAUUCUGUUCUUAUUGUUUUUUUUUCUCAUGGUGAAAUCAUAAAUGAUGUUCACUGUAUUCUCGCUCAUACACUGGUCUGAUUUCUGAUUGAUUGAUGAUAUUAUUAUUGUAAAAUAAAAAUUCUUGACAAUUUCA